AUGAGUUGCGGGAUUGUUGAGUGAGUUAAAAAAUAAAUUAAUUGAUUAAAAUAUGGGGAUUUUUCAGUCCGGACAUCAAGUUCUCUUAUAAAAAUCGGCGUGCUGGAAAAGGCGAAGCUUACGAGCCGACGCAACACGAACAUGUCGCCAAUACAAUCUCGCAUGCGGUGAGUUGACUUUUUUUUACGUUUCAAAUUUUUUGUAUAAAUUUUUUGGGUGGCUUGAAAUUUAAUAAUCGUGUCGACCACUAACCUUGAAUAAAUAAAAUUUAUUUUCCAACUUAAAUCCAAGUUCAAAUUUUACAGAUCGGAAUUGGUCCAUCAUUCAUCAUAUUCUACUUUUAUAUGUUAAAUGAAGCGCAUCGUGAAUUACAACAUAUUUUGAUGGUUAUUUAUGGAAUAUUUACAACAACUUUAUUUAUUUCAAGCACAGUUUAUCAUUUAUUCGAACUUUUGUAUCGAUCUCGUAAUUUGUGAGUCAGUGGAAAUUGAUGAAUUUUGAAUCCAAAUGUUUGUUCAAAAGUUCCCAAGACUGAAAUUAAUCAAAAAAAUGGAAUUUAACGAAUUUCUUGUAAUUUUGGGUUACUUGAUAUUUAAAAAAAAUUCCAAUAUUUCAAAUUUCAAUCAGAAAAGUUCCCCAAACCGAAAUUCUUUGAAAAAUAAAAUUUUUUGCAUUUCUUGUGAUUUCGUGUUGCGAGAAAUUACGAGAAAUUCCAAAAAUGCAGAACAAUUCAAUUUUUUCUCAAGAAAAAUUUCCGUAGCCCGAAAUUUUUUGCAAAACCUGAAUUUCAACAAUUUCUUGUAAUUUUGGGUUACGUUAUAUUACAAGAAAUUCAAAAAGUUCAAAUUUCAAUCAGAAAAAUUCCCCAGACCUUUGAAAAAUGAAAUCUUCUGAAUUUUUUGUAAUUUUGGGCUGCGAGAAAUUACGAGAAAUUCCGAAAAUGCAGAACAAUUCAAUUUUUCUCAAGAAAAAUUUCCACAGACCGAAAUUUUUGCAAAACCUGGAUUUCUUGUAAUUUUGUGUUGCGAUAAAUUCGAAAAAUUCAAAUUAUUGAAUUUCCCCCUCAAAAAUGCUCAAUUUUUCAGACACCGAAAACUCCGAUACUACUUACACAUUUGCGAUCGAGCUUCAAUAUAUUUAUUCAUCGCUGCUUCCUAUACACCUUGGCUAACAUUGAGGUAUUUAAUUUUCCUCUAACUAAUUUAUGCUCAUUAAUUAUUUUUUGCAGACAUUGUGGAUAUCCUGGAUUGAAUCUGAAAUGGAUGAUUUGGGUUUUCGCGAUUCUUGGCAUAUUAUAUCAGUAUAAUUUUCAUGAAAAAUAUAAAACUAUCGAAAUUAUUUUGUAUAUUUUAAUUGCUGCCGGACCAUCGAUUGCUAUUUUUAGUAUGGUGAGGAUUUUUGGGGAAUUUUGGAAAAAAUUAGAAGUUUUGAACAAGAAAUACGAAAAAUUAUGUUUUUCUCAAUAAAUUUUAGAUUUUUUGAAUUUCUCGUAAUUUCAGAUUACCAUAAAUAACAAGAAAUUCGAAAAUACUGACUAGGGGCUGUUAGCCCCUAGGCGGGACAGUCUUCUUCCUUAAAACAUCUUUUCUCUCCCAUUAAAAUUUUGAACAAUUUUGCCAUGGAUGAAGUCAUCGAUAAAUAUUCAAAAAAAAACUUUUUUAAUUAUUUUUUUCGUAUUAAAAGUACUCUAAAGACGUUAAGAAUUAGAAUUACAAUUGAAUUCAUCAAAAAUUUCAAGUUUUUUGAUCAAAAAAUGACUCGUGGCAAAAUCAGAAAGGCUUCCUAAUUUUGCCAUAGAAGAAGUCAUCCAUCAAUUUUUCGAAAAAAAAACUUUUUUAUUUAUUUUCUUCGUAUUGAUUGUACUCAAAAAAGGUUAAGAAUUAGAAUUACAAUCAAAUUCGCUGAAAAUAUUAAAUUUAAACUCAAAAUAAAGUUUCCCAGACCUAAGUUUUAAAAAAAUGGGAUUUUUCGAAUUUUCAUGAUUUUAGGCUGUGAGAAAAUACAAUAAAUUCAAAAAUUCACAAAAAUUCAAAUUUCGCAAGCUUCAAAUAUUAUCCCUCAAAAAAACUCCCACAGAACGACAGAAGCGGUUUGGACAUGAUGAUAAUCGGUGGAAUGGCCUACGCAAUUGGUGUGAUAUUUUUCAAACUCGACGGAAUUCUCGCAUUUGCUCAUGCAAUUUGGCACAUUUUUGUGUUGAUUGGUGCUUCGUUUCAUACGUAUGCUGUUUAUGCAUUUCUACUUGGACCCGACAAAAAUAAUCCAGUUCCGGAUGUCUGA